AUGCAAAAAAAUAUAUCAGGGGCAAAUAAUCAAAAUGAUUUAUUGAAAGAUAAUAAGAAUGGUAUCAAACCAAAUGAAAUAAAUGAUGAUACUAUCUACAUAUUUGACGAACCUGAUGAUGAACUUGAAGAAUUUGAAGAAAUGGGUAGUAUAGCUCUUAAUGUUGAUACUGAUUUGGAGAAAUGGGAAGAAGACUGGGGAGCAGCAGGAUGGGAUGAUGAUGAUGAAGAUGAUGAUAAGUUUAUUACGAAAGUUGAGACAGAAUUGCAAAAAUUUAAAACUAGUUUAGAUGAAGAAAAGGAAAAAAAAAAAUAA